AUGGAACAACCAUCAAGGGAGGAACUAUUGCUGCAAAUUCGCAACUUAUCUAAAGAAAUCACGAGCUAUUUCGAGCUUGAUCCAGAAACUGCCCAGCAGAACUUCCAACUGAAAUUAGAAGGUAAGACCUAUAAAAUUGUAGACAAGGCUAAAGAGCGUGAACAAAUACAAAAGAAAUGGCUAUCAAAGAUUAACGUGAAUUAUAAUUCAGCACAGGAGAAAUUCUUCAGAAUUUGGGACUUACUCCAAAAUAAUCCGGAGCUUGACUUAUGUGUAGUCUUUGAUUCUCUUGAAAACAAGAGGAUCUUUCAAAUUCACAAAUGGGGAACAAGGCUAGAGUGCGUAUGUCUGUCUACUCAUGAAAUCUCAGUAAUCCAAGAAAAUUUGCCCUCUUUUUUGAAGUCUAUCGCUCUGAGAGGAAUUUCCCAGAGAGAAUUUGAAGCGAUCUUGAAGUGGCAACAAAACAUUGUUUCGAAUGAUAAUCAAAUCAAUGAACAGCUACCCAAGAUAUCAUGGAAUGGGCAGAGAUACCAUUGGAGGGCUGCAAGUUAUGAGAUUUCUAUACACAAAAAUAAUGUUAAAGUGUUCGCACCAUACUGCAAGUUUUUCGCCAAGCUAGGGAUUUGCACUAAUAAGAGCUGCAAGUUUGUCCAUGAUCCAAGAACAGUAUCUAUUUGCCGCGAUUUUUUCACGAAGGGAACGUGCCAGUAUGGCGAUAACUGCAGGUUAACACACUCAAGAGUGGGGAGCGAAUAUACUGUCCCACAUUGCGAACGCAAUCUGCAAGGAAAAUGCGAGCUUACAGAUGGAGUGGAAAUGGCAUUUUCAACGUCAGAUUUGAAAGAAAAUCAUUGCCAUUAUAUGCACUCUCCUAUCGUGAGAGGAGAUUACCCUCCGUGUAGGCAGUUUUCUCACAUGGGUUAUUGUUACCGUGGAAUGCACUGCAGGUUUCCACAUUUAUGGAGUUGCCCAGAUUUAUACUACACUGGUCAGUGCUUUCUUGUUCACUGCAAGUACCCUCACGAUCACCACUCACCAAAAUUGUUAGCGUCCCAAAAAGUGUCACUAGACGCCAUACCUGCUGGUGAUUUCCUUCUCCCGCCACUAAAUCCAAGGAAACAGUUUAUGUUAUCCGGAGGUUGGUAUGGGUUGCGAACAAGUCAGCAGAGCAUCGAUGUCAGAGCGAGAAGCUCUGCAACGGAAACAAAAUACGAUAAGAAAAUGUCCCCAUUACAAGUUUCGGAUGAUUCUUCCUCAGAACAAACCCUCGAAUCAUCAGAAACAUCUAGUGAUCUCUCAGAAUUCUCCGAGGGCGAGCUUGAUGCUGAUUUCAUUAGAGUAUAG